CACUUACGGGGGCGGGAGUAGGCGAGGGGCACUGGGAUGGGAGACACUGGGUUUCUCACUGCAACCGGGUUCCGGGGGCCCAGGGGCAGUCUAAAAACGGAUUACUAUUUUUUUGGCCAAUUGCUGCAGUCGGAGGGGUGGGGGCGGGGGAGGGUGAGAUUCCACACCCCCUUCCUCUUCCUCCCACGUCCUCCCCCCCUUCGAGGUCAGUCGCUCUGCAGCUGCGCGCCGCUGGCCGCGCGGGGGUGAGACCCGAGCCCAGGGUUCUGCUGCUCUCCCGUGGGACCGUCGGUCUUUAGGAAAGCGUUGGGGGAAAUGUUACAUUAUUUCUAGGGUGGUGGGAGGGAUUUGUCACCGGAAGUGAAUGAGCCUAGCCUAAAGUCGGGAUCAGCCGGAGGUGUGAGUGGGCAGCCAAGCCGGCGCAGUCACUAGCAAAACGCAGGGCCACCGGCCGGCUGAGAGCUGGGACGCCGCGGGCUGCGGGCGCACGGCAACCUCGCGUGCUCGGGGCAGCCCGGGGAGCGCAGGGCGCGCUUUUGACCGCGCCCGCCUUGCCAGGCUUCGGUUUCACCCUGACCUCCACCCCUGUUCGCAGCCUCCCAUCGUUGCUAAUUGGGGUAUUUGCCCAAGAAACUGUCCGUUGAAAUUUCACUGAUACACCUGCAUUUUGAUGCAUAGAAAGAUGGGAGGAAACGAGAGAAUUACGACUUAUUUCCAGUUUUUCACGCCCCACUCUCCUCUUUCCGUUCCCACUUAAAACAGCAAAACACACGUAAAUUCCCUUAUUUUUCCACUGAAAGCAAGCACACAUCGCACUGUUGGGCAAAUUGUGCGCCCCGGGGGAUAGGGGUGGGGGUCCCGGGUGUUUGUGUGUGCAGCAGAUGGGAACCGGGGUGCUGAAAAAAUCCUGUGCUUAACGCUUGUAGUAUAUAUUCUUCGUUUUCGUUCGCUUUGUUUUCAUGUGCAGACUAGACGAGGCUUUUUGUGUGGUUUGGUUAUGAGGCUGGUGAAAGAAAUAUAGCUGGUUAACUUGUCUAAGCCAUACGGAGGCAUAACAAUAGCUGCGUCAUUUUAUAAAGAGUUGAUUUAACCAAGGAAGGUUUAAAGAAGAUUUAUUUUGCUAGGGGGAACGACCCCAAAAACAAAAACCUGACCUGCCUCCCUUAAGUUUUUCAGCAAUUGAAUCUGUCCCACUCAAGUUUGGAGCCAACCUAGGUUUACUGGAGCUGCAGGUGCAGUGAGGCAACAUUUCUGCAUUAGCCAUAGUGGACUAUGGGUGGUCGUUAGUGUCUGUAUCAGAGGUGGAAUUGAAUGUCAUUAAGCCUUCCCAAGAGCUUCAUUUCUGCCCCCAAACAGGUUUUGGCAUAGAGGCCAAGAGACUUUGGAAGUUUCUGAAUAUUUUAAGUUGGGCCGUUCAAACUUUUAUGAGAAGAGGUAAAGGACAAAAAGGGACAGGUUGUUGGAGGCAGUUUCAAAGACCGAUGUUGGGCCUGUGUGGGAAUGGACAGUGGUCAGUGGUGUGGUCAUCAUGAAGGAUUGGCUUGACUGUUCUUUACAGACCCCAGCACAGCUGCAAGCCAAGGUAGGUAGGUGGUCAGAACAUGAAUAUAAAGCUACGUUUCUAUGUUCAAAAGCAAUAGGAGGGUUAUAAAACUUCCAGCAGUGCCGGACUGUAUUUGUGUCUUUUUUCUGACAUUUGAGGGCAGACAAUUCAGUGUGCAUCCUUGAAAUGGAUCCCAGCUCCUGGGAGGUAAGUGCCUGUUGAAUGGAAGGAAAGAGGGUGAUGUAUUACAACCAUGUGAAAUGUGGCAAAAGGCAAGCAGCUUGAGAGUUCUGAAUCCUACUUUCAUAACCUUCAGGAGUUUGUGAAUCAAGUACUACCCCUCUUCUAGACAUCUUGAAAGAAUUCUAAGGCGAGAACCGAAGUUUGGAGGUAGACGAGCAGGCGAGCGGUUUGCCCGGGCGCAGAGCAUGAAGGCCGGGCGGGCGCGGGGAGCGGGCGCCCGCCGCCCGGCGCGGGGGUGAGCGAGAGAGAGAGCGGAGCGCGUGUGGCCGGCGCCGCUCGGCCGGGAGCUCCCGCGCCCGCGCCCCGCGCCCCGCGCCCGCCGCCGCCGCCGCCGCCGCCGCCCCUGGUGCGAUGGCGCAGAAACCCCGUUGACAAGGCACUGCUUUUUCAUGACGUUGUCAUGGAUGAUGACGACGACUCGUGUCUCCUUGAUCUUAUUGGAGACCCACAAGCAUUGAACUAUUUUCUACACGGACCUAGUAAUAAAUCUAGCAAUGAUGACUCAACUAGCACAGGAUAUUCUGCAGCCAAUUCAAAUUCAAUUUUCGCCAACUCCAGUAAUGCUGAUCCUAAGUCAUCCCUCAAAGCCGUAAGCAACCAGCUUGGAGAAGGGCCCAGUGAUGGACUGCCACUUUCAAGUAGCCUUCAGUUUCUUGAAGAUGAACUUGAGUCUUCUCCUCUUCCCGAUCUCAGUGAGGACCAACCUUUCGACAUUCUUCAGAAAUCCCUGCAGGAGGCCAAUAUCACUGAACAGACAUUGGCAGAAGAGGCAUAUUUGGACGCCAGUAUAGGUUCAAGCCAACAGUUUGCACAAGCCCAGCUUCAUCCUUCUUCAUCAGCAUCGUUUACUCAGGCUUCUAAUGUUUCAAAUUACUCAGGUCAGACGCUGCAGCCUAUAGGGGUGACUCACGUGCCUGUUGGAGCAUCAUUUGCAAGCAAUACGGUGGGGGUGCAACAUGGCUUUAUGCAACACGUGGGGAUCAGUGUGCCCAGCCAGCAUCUGUCUAAUAGCGGUCAGAUUAGCGGUUCGGGUCAGAUACAGCUAAUUGGCUCAUUUGGUAAUCAACCCUCCAUGAUGACUAUUAAUAACCUAGACGGAUCUCAAAUCAUAUUGAAGGGCAGCGGGCAGCAAGCCCCAUCAAAUGUGAGUGGAGGACUCCUGGUUCACAGACAGACUCCCAAUGGCAACUCCUUGUUUGGGAGCUCCGGUUCCAGUCCCGUAGCACAGCCCGUUACCGUUCCAUUUAACAGCACAAAUUUUCAGACGUCUCUACCUGUGCAUAACAUCAUCAUACAGAGGGGUCUUGCACCAAAUUCAAAUAAAGUCCCGAUCAAUAUCCAGCCAAAGCCUAUCCAGAUGGGUCAGCAGAAUACGUACAAUGUGAACAAUUUGGGACUACAGCAGCACCAUGUUCAACAAGGGAUCUCCUUUGCCUCCGCCAGCUCACCCCAGGGCUCCGUAGUUGGUCCGCACAUGUCUGUGAACAUCGUAAACCAACAGAACACAAGGAAGCCAGUCACCUCACAGGCAGUGAGCAGCGCUGGGGGUAGUAUCGUUAUUCAUUCUCCCAUGGGCCAGCCUCACACACCCCAAAGUCAGUUCCUCAUACCCACAAGCCUUUCUGUCAGUUCCAACUCGGUACAUCAUGUCCAGACCAUAAAUGGGCAACUGCUUCAGACUCAACCUUCUCAGCUCAUCUCCGGCCAAGUGGCCUCAGAGCAUGUCAUGUUGAACAGAAACUCUUCCAACAUGCUCAGGACCAACCAAGCAUACUCUGGACAGAUGCUGAACAACCAGAAUGCCGCCGUCCAGUUGGUGUCUGGGCAACCGUUUGCCGCCUCUGGAAGCCCGGUGAUCGUCAAUCAUGCCUCUCCUCAGAUUGUUGGUGGACAGAUGCCCUUGCAGCAAGCGUCACCAACCGUAUUACACCUGUCACCUGGGCAGAGCGGUGUGUCCCAAGGGAGACCUGGCUUCACCACCAUGCCCUCGGUGACCAACAUGUCAGGACCUAGUCGGUUCCCUGUCGUCAGCUCAUCCAGCACUGCCCAUCCUAGUCUUGGGUCUGCGGUUCAGUCGGGUGCAUCAGGAUCAAACUUCACGGGAGAUCAGCUGGCCCAGCCAAACAGGACUCCGGUACCGGUCAGUGCGUCUCAUCGUCUUCCAGUUUCUUCUUCCAAAUCUACCAGCACCUUCAGCAACACCCCUGGAGCGGGAACCCAGCAGCAGUUUUUCUGUCAGGUGGAUAGUCAUUCAGGAGGACAAAAGCGGCCUGCUACAAAACAACUAACUAAAGGAGCUUUCAUUCUCCAGCAGUUACAGAGGGACCAAGCCCACGCUGUGACACCUGAUAAAAGUCAGUUCCGAUCACUAAGUGAUGCGGUGCAGAGGCUACUCUCCUACCACGUGUGCCAGGGCUCCAUGCCCACCGAGGAAGACUUGAAGAAAGUCGACAACGAAUUUGAAACAGUUGCCACUCAGCUCCUAAAAAGGACCCAAGCGAUGCUUAACAAAUACAGAUGCCUGCUUCUAGAAGAUGCCAUGCGGAUCAAUCCCUCUGCUGAGAUGGUGAUGAUCGAUAGAAUGUUCAACCAGGAGGAAAGAGCUUCUCUGUCCCGAGACAAGCGUCUGGCACUUGUAGACCCUGAGGGUUUUCAGGCUGAUUUCUGUUGUUCCUUCAAACCUGAUAAAGCUGCUCAUGAGACACAGUUUGGCCGGAGUGACCAGCAUGGCAGUAAAGCGCCCAGCUCUCUGCACCUGACAGCCAAGGCCCAAAGCCGAGAACCGACGAAUCACGACCAGUUUCAUCUAGUGCCUAAUCACAUCGUGGUCUCCGCAGAAGGAAACGUUUCUAAAAAAACUGAAUGCCUCGGCAGAGCACUGAAAUUUGACAAAGUGGGCUUAGCACAGUACCGGAGUGCAUCCGAAGAGAAAACAAGCCGGAGAGAGUCCACGAAGGCCAGCGAGUGCUCUCCCGGCCCCGAAGGGCACCGGAAAACCUCAUCCAGACCAGAUCACGGUACUGAGAGCAAACUCUCAAGCAUCCUAGUAGAUUCUCACUUGGAGAUGACGUGUAACAAUUCCUUCCAGGACAAAACUCUGAGGAAUUCUCCAAAGAAUGAAGUUUUACACACAGACAUCAUGAAAGGGUCGGGCGAGCCCCAGCCAGACCUCCAGCUCACUAAGAGUUUAGAAACAACAUUUAAGAACAUCUUGGAACUCAAAAAGGCUGGGCGGCAGCCCCAGAGUGACCCCACGGUUAGCGGCUCUGUUGAGUUAGAUUUCCCCAACUUUUCUCCAAUGGCUUCGCAGGAAAACUGCCUGGAAAAGUUCAUCCCGGACCACAGCGAAGGCAUUGUAGAAACCGACUCCAUUUUAGAAGCAGCUGUAAAUAGUAUCUUAGAGUGUUAAUAGCAGCAGCCCUCCCCCACCCCGCCCCGACACCCCGCCCCGGACAAGUUACAUUCUUUCCUGGCAAAAGCAAAUGGAAGUGUUCUCCUGUCUCCAGCCUGCUUGACCUUUCAUCACAGGUUAUUCUUUCUGAUCUUCAAUCCCAUUCUUUGUUUAAGAGCAAUACUCGUGGUGGUUACAGGGAGAUCCUUUCGUGAAAUUAAUCCUUGUUAGAAAGCAGUCUGAUAGGCCCUACACAUUUCAAGUGUUACGAAAGUGCUUAUAGUCAUUUUCUUUGUGUGUUUGUUUACUUGUUUUAUUAUUACUAUUUUUUAAAAAAAAAAAAAACACCAUAACUCACUGAGAUCACAGUACACUUGGCCCUCGGUAAAAUUCUGACAAUCAUUAAGUCAUUUGAAAAGAACAGACUUAUUAAAGAAAAUCAAACAGGACUGAUAGAAGCUACUUUGUGAAAGAAUGUCCCACUGCAUCUCCAAAUUUCGUUGUUUUGGGUUUGUUGUUGUUGUUGGAGGGGAGACUGCACGGUUGUCCCCCCCACCCCACACCCCGCGCCCCACCCCGGGCCACCUCUGAGCAGUAAGUUGCCGGCUGCUCCGCCAGGGACCCCACAGCCCCGAGGAAGCAGCCAGUAGCACACAAGCAGGGCAUUCGCAGGGCUUCCUUGUUCAUCGUCUGAGAGCUUUUCCGAUGCUCCUGGAGCAAAACCUCAUGCUUUUCGGCAUACGCGUGUUGAGUUUCAUCUAGGGAAUGCUCUGUUCUUAGUUGCAACGGCACGACUUGAGAAAAUUUUCACCAGGCUGAAAUAAAGGAAAAUGGAAACGAGUUAAGUGGCACAGUGUACAGGGGAGGCCGGGAGAGAGCCUUGAGGAGGAUACUAUGUAUAUAUGUAAAAGCAUAUAUAUGUUAACUAUUGAGAAAAAAAACAAGCGUUUUGCAUUUUGUAAUUGGAUAUAGUCAACGUAUGCUGUACGUUUUUGUUGCUGGGUUUCCUUUCAUUUAACCUCUCCGCACCCUCUCCCACAAAUAGCCAAGCGUCCAAAGCACUUUCAUUUGAAAACUGUGUUGUAAUACUUCAGUUUAAACUCUAAGGGGACUUUGGCCUUGUUUAUGCUUCUUGUCUGAGAACAGUAGUCACCCCCCGGCAGCAAUCAUUACCAAAACACAGACAAACCAAAGUUACCAGCCAGCCCCCCACUGAAAGAAAAGAGCUGAGACACAGGAUUCCCACUUGAGAGCCAAAGGACACGCCCUGUCACGGUCUGUGUGUGGCCCGUGUUCCUAUUAGUGAACAUGACUUACUGCUUUAUUUAUAUUUCUUUUCAGGGAGCUUUCCCCGUUUUCCUUCCUUGUGUUCGUGCCCCAGUUCAUCCCAUCUCGGCUGUUACCUUCAUUCCCAGUGUCAUUGUAACCAGCCCUUCUCUCCUGUCAUUGGGAAAGCGACAUAACGGUAUUUCGUAUGCACUCUGCCCCACGUGCGCGUGCACGUAUCUGAGCUAUUGAGAUCAGGUCAUUCUGGUGACAGUGUGGACCCACCCAUUCUUCCUCCCAUGUGCACGCACUCUCUCAUUUAUCCUAUUGAUCUCUCUGGCUUGAGGGGUUGCACCCACUGGUCUCCACUCUGACGCAUUGCCAGCACCUGUUUCUGGCUGUUGCCAGAAUGGGGAUGACCCCAUUGUCAUCAUGUUGGGCGCUUCUUUUCCAGAUUGGCCUGCGUUGGAAAGGAAGGCUUCUGAUUAUUGGAAAACACGGCAACAGAAGACCCAGACUCUCUCCCUGCCCCUCUGUCCCUGCACUCAAAGAAACCUCUCUCAGCCAGCCAGCCUUCAUAAAAGCGAAGUUCCUUCUCCCCACCCCCACCCGCCGGCCAAUAGAAC